AGGGUACCUGUACACCUUUAGCUAAGCUUGGACUUCUGCCAGGCUGAACUGCCUUACGACACUUGGGGAGCUUCGUCGCUUCGCCGGUUCCAGCCUUCUCACCUCCGGCCAAGCUCAACACCAGCACUCGCAACUCACCCCUCCGAUAUCCGAUCCCUACAUCCAGCACCCACAGACUCGACACAUCCAUCUUUACAGGGACUCAGCAUCAGAAAUCCGGCACGAUGGUUCUCGAGGCGGUUAUGGUUGUCGUGGACAACAGUGAGAGCAGCAGGAAUGGCGACUACCAACCAACCCGAUUCGACUCACAAGUAGAUGCUGUCGGCAUCCUGUUCCAGACCAUCACACAAGGCAACCCGGAGUCUUCUGUGGGUCUGAUGAGCAUGGGCGGCAAGGGCCCCGAGGUCCUCGUCACCCUCACCACCGAACAGGGCAAGAUUCUCGAGGGCCUGCACCGAACUAAGAAGAAGAUUGGAGGCUCCUCCCACCUGAAGACUGGUAUUCAAGUAGCUACUCUCGCAUUGAAGCACCGACAGAACCGAUCGCAACGCCAACGAAUAAUCGUGUUCGUUUGCUCGCCCGUGGAGGAGUCCGAGAAGGAGCUCACGACACUGGCCAAGAAGAUGAAGAAGGCCAACGUCGCCGUCGACUUCAUCCUGUUCGGCGACCUUGAUGAUGAUACCACCCAGAAGAAGCUCCAACUCUUCAUCGAUACUGUCAAGACGAACGAGGGCUGCCACCUGGUGGUCAUCCCCCCCAGCAGCAAGCUCCUCAGCGACCAGCUGAUUGCUACCCCCAUCCUCCUCGGCGAGAACGCCUCUGCCGGCAGCGGGGCCGGCGGCGCAGGUGGCAGCAACGAGGAGUUUGAGUUUGGAUUCGAUCCCGCCAUGGAGCCGGAGCUGGCCCUUGCUCUGCGCAUGAGCAUGGAGGAGGAGAAGGCCAGACAGGAGAAGGCGGCGCGCGAGGAGGAGGAGGCUGCUAAGAAGGCCUCACUCGAGGGCGUCAAGGAGGAGGAUGAGUCGGGUGGAAGCGGUUCGGGUGACAAGAAGAGUCAAGAUAAGGGCGACAAGAUGGACACGUCAUAGUCGGUGCCCGAUGCAUGAGCACACUCCGUCGCCUCCUCAGCAAUUGUACAAUAGACACAGGUCAGGGGUUUUAGACGAAACAAGA